ACAUCCUUGGUAAAGGCUGUGCUAAAAUAUUUUAGGCUAAUUUGUUUUCCGAGAGAGAGAGAGAGAGAGAGAGAGAGAGAGAGAAAAAAAAAACAACACACUCUCAACUCCACCUGAGAGAACAAUAUUGUGUUUUGUUUUUUGUUUUUUUUUCCGUCCCCCCCCCCCCCCCCCCCUGCAAGGGUUGUAUUUCCCGUGCUAAACACAAUGAAUAAGCUUUAUAUCGGCAACUUGAGUGAAGACGCGAGCCCCGUGGAGUUGGAAAGUCUCUUUAAGGAGUAUAAGAUUCCUUUCAGUGGCCAGUUUCUUGUUAAAACUGGUUACGCGUUUGUAGAUUGUCCAGAUGACAACUGGGCAAUGAAGGCCAUCGACACAUUCUCAGGUAAAGUGGAACUCCAUGGAAAACUUCUAGAGGUGGAACACUCGGUCCCCAAAAGACAAAGGAGUCGCAAACUUCAGAUCAGGAACAUCCCGCCACACCUGCAGUGGGAGGUGUUGGACAGCUUAUUAGCUCAGUAUGGCACAGUAGAAAACUGCGAACAAGUUAACACUGAGACGGAGACUGCAGUAGUGAAUGUUACAUACAGUGCCAAGGACCAGGCCAGGCAUGCAAUUGAGAAGCUUAACGGCUACCAGCUAGAGAACUACGAUCUGAAGGUGACCUACAUCCCAGACGAGAUGACCACAGCACAGUUCCCCCAGCAGCAGCCCCCUCAGGGAGGCCAGCGGGGGUUCGGUCAGAGGGGUCCUCCACGGCAAGGCUCCCCCGGAGCGGGCGCCCGGCCCAAAGAGCCAUCAGACGUGCCUCUGCGUGUGCUGGUCCCCACCCAGUUUGUAGGAGCCAUCAUUGGCAAGGAGGGAGCGACCAUUAGGAACAUCACAAAACGAACGCAAUCCAAGAUUGACAUCCAUCGGAAAGAGAAUGCUGGUGCUGCAGAGAAGCCGAUCACAAUCCACUCGACUCCUGAAGGAUGUUCCUCUGCUUGUAAAACACUCAUGGAGAUCAUGCAGAAAGAAGCUCAGGAUACUAAAUUCACUGAAGAAAUUCCUUUGAAAAUUUUAGCACACAACAACUUUGUUGGACGACUAAUAGGAAAAGAAGGCAAGAAUUUAAAGAAGAUUGAGCAAGACACAGACACCAAAAUCACCAUUUCACCCUUGCAGGAUCUAUCCCUUUAUAAUCCAGAGAGGACCAUCACAGUCAAGGGCAGUAUUGAAGCCUGUGCCAAGGCUGAAGAAGAAGUAAUGAAGAAAAUCAGAGAAUCCUAUGAAAGUGACAUGGCUGCCAUGAAUCUUCAAUCGCAUUUAAUCCCUGGGUUAAACCUGAAUGCCUUGGGUCUGUUUCCCCUCUCAUCUCCUGGGAUGCCACCCUCUCCAAUGAGUGCUACUGCCCCCUGUGGUGGAGCUUCCUAUUCUUCAUUUGGGCAGCAGCCAGUAUCGGAGACAGUACAUUUAUUCAUCCCAGCCUUGGCUGUGGGAGCCCUCAUUGGCAAACAAGGGCAGCACAUCAAACAGCUCUCCCGCUUUGCAGGAGCAUCUAUAAAGAUUGCUCCAGCCGAAGGACCAGAGGCCAAGCAGAGAAUGGUGAUAAUCGCAGGACCACCAGAGGCUCAGUUUAAGGCUCAAGGAAGAAUCUUUGGGAAACUAAAAGAAGAAAACUUCUUUGGACCCAAGGAGGAAGUAAAGCUGGAGGCCCACAUAAAAGUACUGUCUUAUGCUGCUGGCAGAGUUAUAGGCAAAGGAGGAAAAACGGUGAACGAGUUGCAAAACCUUACCAGUGCAGAAGUAGUUGUUCCCAGAGACCAGACGCCUGAUGAAAAUGAUGAAGUAAUAGUGAAAAUAACAGGUCAUUUCUAUGCAAGCCAGCUUGCCCAGAGAAAAAUUCAGGAAAUUUUGGCCCAGGUAAAAAGACAACAGCCGCAGAAAACAGUGCAGAGUGGACAGCCCCAACCAAGAAGUAAAUAAAGGAAAGGUUCAGGACCUAGGCCCAUCACAAAGAUAGGUGCCCAACCAAAGAGAAAGCUUGACUGUGUUGCCAGCAGGGAGCGCCACAAAUUCCUGACAGCCGCUUUUUGACAGAAUUCCCAUCUACUCGGCCACCUUUUAUUUAGGACCAGGCAACCUUGGAACUCUGUCUCCUGAGAAUUGUAUGUUUUUUGGCUUGGGGGGGGGGGGGGGGGGGGGGAAUUUUGGAAACCCAGCUUUAAAAGAAAAAAAAAAAUCAAAGACCCUCGCUUCCCUUUUUGUUCUAUUCUCACUUCACAAAACGUGUUUAGACUUUGGUUAAAGGAAGCUUUCUCUUUUUGAUUUCACUGGUUAUUAAAAAGGCAUGGUCUCUUCUAGUUCAUUUGAUGGGGGGGUAAUGGGAGCAGGAUUUGGAUAGGGUUUUGAUUAGGCAAGGGACAGGGGAACAGGAAAGACAUCAAUAUUAACAUGGCAUUUUAUAAAUUCGGAUGCAUUUAUAGAAAACACUGCCAUAUUAAGGAAGUGUUGAAUGGUGUUGGCCAGGAUAUGAAAUUGAAUAUGCAUUUUACUGAACUACCUCAGGCAUAUAGUACCUCAGCAAAAAAAAAAAAAAACAACAACUUCUGGUAUUUUGUAUUCUUUAUAAAGCUAAUUGUUUUAUUUUUAUUUUUAAUAAAAGGAGAAAUU